UCGGCCGUUUCGUCAACAAAUGCGCUAUACCUCUUUCCCGGAAGUACUCAUCAGUCGAUGAUAAAAGGACAGUUAACAAGCGUAUCCGUGUUACUCGUUACGUUAGAGGUCUGACAGUCUGCAGAAAAAAUGGUUCAUGGACUUUGUUUGCAGAUAGUUUUUCUUGCUAUUGCUGCACAUUGUACUUUGGGUCGUGAGGUAGAAGAUAACGAUGGACAGCUUUUGUGUGUGUACACGAAGGAUAACGAAAUAUUAUACAAGAAAUUCGAUAGUACAACUGAAAUGUGUUGCAAUAAAUCAGGAACGUACAAUAAAUCUGACAAUCAAGGACAGAGAUUGGAGUGCUGUGGAGCUAAUGGAACAUACAAUCCAGAAAUCGAGAUAUGUUGGGCUGACCAAGUGCACGACAAGAAAAGCAUAUGCUGUGGAAAUAAAGUUUACAACAAAGACGAUGUGAAUAAUUCCAAGCACCUGCAAAAAGACGAAUGUUGUGGAAAUGAGGUUUUCUCAUCUGUCUCCGAAAGACGACGCUAUUGCAAUGAUGGAAUUAAGAAUGCUAGUGAAAGGUCCAAUGGAAGAAAUCCAUCUAGAAAGGGGAGCAAACGAAAGUCUUCCUUGAGCUUCUUAUUUUCUUGGAGGGGUAGGAAAUGGAAAGGAAAACAUCCCCCUUUUCUGAUUACCAUUAUUCUUGGUAAUGCUGAUGUUUCUAUCGGAAAACCCUCCAGAAGAUUGUACGGCUGAUGGGGAAUGUUUUUCACAGGGUGUCAAAGUAUGACGUCACAAUACAGUUAACUUUAAAUUUCCAAAUGUUCAAAAGAAAAUGUAUUUCUAUUUUGAGCAGAAACAAUUUUAAUUUUCUUUUCCCUUAGUUAUUGUUUUAAUAUACAUGUGGAUGAUUGAUAGAAGUAAAUUGUUUGUAAUAUUCAAAUACGCGCAGUAAUCAAUUACGUAGAUUCUUCCUUUGUGUAGUCCACUUCCAACGAAGGGAUUUUAGUGUUUGUCUGUCUCAAUAUUAGUUUUCUCGGAUUUUUUUUACCUUGAUUUGAAAAAUGAUAUUUGGUAUGUGAUUUGCUAAGAUUUGUUAAUAGAGCAAAUGUAAGUUUCAUCAAAAUUGACCCAUGUUUAUGGGCCUUAAUGCAAACUGUAGUUUUGUAGACUUUUUUCUACUGAGAAACUUGAAUUUGAUGUAUGGUUAUUUGAGGAGUAGACGCUCAUCAUGUUUCACUUUUGGUUGACAAAACUUCUUUAAUUCUGAUAUUCUGUUUGUCUAGUUAUCUGUGUAGUCUUUUUAUUGUGUUAGUUGCCCAUCAUUUACUGAAUACAAUCAGUAUGUAUUGCU